GUCGACUCCAUCAUUAUACUGUCUGUAGAAUAACAGCGUCUGGCCAGGGCGAGGAAGUAGGAGGAAUAUUACCGGCUCAGGAUUGUUAACAGGUUUUAUCAAACAAAAUGAUUUAAUCUGCUGUGUCAUACAAUACAAGAUUUGUUCACUGGAGCAGGUGAGAUCAUUUCUAGGGUAGACACACAAGAUGAGGGAAUACAAGAUCGUGGUUCUCGGCAGUGGAGGUGUGGGCAAGAGUGCUUUGACGGUGCAGUUUGUCCAGGGUAUUUUCGUGGAGAAGUAUGAUCCAACAAUAGAAGACAGUUACAGGAAGCAAGUGGAAGUGGAUGGCCAACAGUGUAUGCUGGAGAUUCUGGACACCGCUGGCACGGAACAAUUCACAGCCAUGCGAGACCUGUACAUGAAGAACGGCCAGGGCUUCCUCCUCGUCUACUCUAUAACCGCUCAGUCCACUUUUAACGACCUUGAGGAGUUGCGAGAACAGAUUCUACGAGUGAAAGACACUGAAUGUGUUCCGAUGAUCCUGGUGGGCAACAAGUGUGACCUUGAGGACGAGCGUGUGGUGGGAAAGGACCAGGGCAUCAAUCUGGCCAGACACAACAACUGUUCCUACCUCGAGACUUCAGCUAAAGCCAAGAUCAAUGUUAAUGAGAUUUUCUGUGAUUUAGUUCGGAUGAUCAACAAAAAGAACCCAGAGCACUCUACCAAGAAGAAGAAGAAAUCCGGCUGCACUUUACUCUAAAUUUUGUGGCUCCAUUGUUUGAGAUAGGACUACUGUAAGCAACAGAGUGUAAGAGAUGAAGGCAUGGACAGCCUGGGAUACUAGCAGUGGGAAUAUCGAAGGACAAAGUGACCACUCCACAACAGGGCAUUCAAGGACCAGAGAUAUUUUCACCACUAGUCUUUACUACUUUUUAUUCGGACAACUUUCCCAUUGACAUAGGAUCUGAUAAUUUAAGGGAAAACUGAAUGCUGUCCGUUGCAGGUUUCUGAUCAGUCUCGUGCUGAUGCAGUUGUUUGGCAAACUGACGAAGCAUCUGUGCACAGUGAAAGGAUGCGUUUUAAGCCAGGUGAUAGUGCUUUUUGUUGCUUUCAUCAUCUACUUGUUGGUUUAUGGAACUCUUUACUAUAUGCUUGAGCAUGUAUUGUUAAACGUUGAUGUAAUAAUGUCUUGAUAGAAACAUCAAGUAUUCCACAAAACUUUCAGUUCGUACCCACUGCACCAACCUGCCUGUGUAUAUAACUCUCCAGUUUUAACUAUGGGCCAUUCAGUAACGUCAGUUAUUUGUAGAACACAACGUAUGUGAUAACCUCUUGUUUCUCAUAGUGUAGUUUCUACCGUUGAUAAGCCCGCUUUUCCUAAUUCUGUAUUUAUUCCUUGUACAGUGUGGAUGUUUACACAAUAUUUUUUACCAAAAUACCCCCAUUUAAUUCCUCGGUUCCCAGUUUCUCUCCUUGUAUUGCUAUAGUAUCAUGAGAUAAAUUGAAGAUGUUGACGAAGACGAUAAAGUUAAUGAGGACUUAAGUACCCUGCUGAUGAUGAAACAUAAUUCAAUAAAACUUUAAUAGACUCCUUUACAUUAUAUUAAUCUUUUAUUGUUGUAAACUGAGUACUCUUGUGUAAGAAGAAAAUGGUGGAUACACAACUCCCUAGCCCCAAACCCUAUACAUUGUAGACCCAUCCUGCCCUGCCCUUUUUUGUAUAUAAUUGAGUGUUUUUUUCAAGCACUGGUAGCUAGUGGAAUUAACAAAAGUCUUUUGCAUAAAGACUGCUACAUUUGAGGAGGUUCUUGCCGUGAGUUUUGGUAGAGUAUUGCAGUACUUGGAGGUUCAGUCACAAGUAUACUGCACAAGUUUGUUCAAGUGAAAGCACCUGCCAAAAUAUGGCAUGGGAUGCAAGCAGUGAGGCACUUUCAGGUGGAAGCAUUGCAAAACAUUAGUUCACUUGAAAGCACUGAAACACAGGAAACAUGUACAAGCACGGUGACAUGUUGGGUGCAAGCACGGUGACAUGUUGGGUCAGGUGCAAGCACGGUGAUGUGUUGGGUGCAAGCACGGUGACGUGAUGGGUGCAAGCACAGUUAUGUGCUGGUUGCAAGUGCUGUAGCAUGUUGGUUCAGGUGCAAAGCAUCAAGUUGAUUCACUUGUUGGUGUACUUGAAGUUAGUGUUGACUAUAUAAGUUUGCUAGCCCACUAGAGCCUGUUGGGAACUUGCUGUUGGUAAAAGGCCACAUACAAGCUGCUUAUCAGAAGUGGGAGGCUUUUAAAUAUGGUGUUGGUUGAAGCCUUAAUGGUUUAAUUGCCUCUAUUUGAAAUUCCUUGUGAAGCUUCGAAGCCAAGAUCCGAUUGCAAAUUUCUUUCUUACGCUUACAAAGUAUUAAGAAAAUAGGACGGUAGUUGAUAACAUAGAAAAGUGUGACACGUCACGUUGGAGUUAUUUGCCCUUGAGCCAAUCACACCACCAGAGGACAUGCAGUAUCAACACAAACAACACAUUUCAUUGUCUGAUUUCAAUGGCAAUGUGAAUGUCUUUUGGAUGUCAACGCAAAAUCUGAAAUAAAAACUGUUGAAGUUCAUUCCUAUGCUUAGAUUUCUUUCAUCAAAGUGAUGGUGAAGACGUUGAGCAUCUUGCAAGUGUGGUAAAGGUUUAGUUGUGCAAGCAAUGUAGGAACUUUCCUUGGAAGGAAAAAAGAGAAAAUGGAGGAGCAAGCCCCCUGGUGGUGGUGUUUAAGGGGAGACAACUCUGUUGAUGCAUCUAAUCAGGUUUUAAUGUAACCACAUUCUUUCCUUUCUUUAUGCAGUGUUAACAUUCUGCUAGUUAACUAGUUGGAUAUAUGACCAAGUUUCAAUUACAAUUUUGAUCAUUUUCAGUGAGCAACAUUUUCAGUCAAAAUACCACUUUUGAUUGUAUUUUACUGCAUGUAUUCAGAUAUUUAUGUAACCCUUAGCAUGAUGGAUAAACUCCCUUACAAUGUAUAAAUUUCCUUUUGAUGCAUAGAUUCUGGGUUGCUUAGAGUCUAAGAACCUGAUUUGUUGAACUGUCGGAGAUGCUAAAACGGAAUGGUGUACCCUGCCCGUCCCCAACAGCUCCCGGUCCUCAUGUUUAGUGUAGAGCAUGCCCCUCUGAGCUUGUGCUUUACAUUUUAUCAUUGACUUUAUCACUCAUUUAGGACCAUUAUUUUUCUUAAUAAAAAAUUAAUUGCUCUUUCA